CCCCUGGAUGAUGCUACGGAGGAGCGUGCGCUUGGCGAGGCGCUGCUGUGGCGCUGCCCUCCAGGAUCACAUUCCAUGGUAUGUCCGCAGGAAGAUUGCCAGAGACGCUAGCAGCGAUGGCGUAGAGGGAGCGAAAAACGAACUCAUUGCUAGGCCGCGAGAGAGUGAUGGCUAUGGGGCUAGAGUCGCAAUGCAGGGGCAUUUCGAGAGGGGGCCUCUGGAAAGCCUGGAAAGCGGGCAAGAAGAUGAGAGCGAGGAUGAGAGCGAGAGUGAGAGUCUGGAGGAUUUGGGAUACUUGAGUGAUGUUCUAGCCAGUAAAAAAAUCGAGUUAGAAAAUUUCGCUAGAGGUGAGCUGAGUGACCUUCAAGACAGUGAAGAACUCGAGGAAGAAGAGUCCGUUAGCAGUGAGGUGAGUGAUCUUCAAGACAGCGAAGAACUCGAGGAAGAAGAGUGCGUUAGCAGUGAGGUGAGUGAUCUUCAAGACAGUGAAGAACUCGAGGACGAAUUUGAGGAAGAAGAUCAUCAGUUUGAAGAAGACGAAGAAGAAGUAGAAGAUGAGCUUCAAAGACAAUUUCGAUCACAGUCGACCCAAGCUUCGGAUCAACUCCUGCUGAUUGCCGAGACAUCAUCAGACUCUGAGCCAGAAGACGAGGCUCCACCGACGAGCUUCUUGCACAAGCUGACGGUCCGCGAGGUUGCAAAGAUUUUGAGAAAACUUCGUGGCAUUGAUCUCAAGAUCUUGAACGUCCAAGCACGGUGCCAGUGGACAGACUACAUGGUUUUCGUGUCUGGAAAGUCCACGAGACAUAUCAGGGGCAUGGCGGACAGUAUAGUCGCAAGAGUGAAGAAGAAAUCCACAGAGGACAACCAUUUGGAAUUCCCAUCUGUCGAAGGCCGCGCUUGCGAGCACUGGAUGGUCGUCGACUGCGGCAGCAUAGUCGUGCAUGUCUUUAGCGAGGAGGCCCGCGCGCGCUAUAAUCUGGAGCAAAAGUGGGGAGGAGAAGAAGUACUCGUGGACGAGCAGAAAAAGGAAGAAGAAGAGCGAGACCGCGAGAGGGAGACGAAGGAACAAGGUGCUGCCGCGGCAACGUUACUUGGCCAAGAAACCUCGAAAAAGAAAAAGAAGAAAAAGGCAAGCGCUCGACCCGCUUCAAUCGCUCCUCUUGUUCUUUGCUAGCUUCACUUUGCCAUGGUUUAUAUAUCUAUCCAAUAUGAAAGAGCAGGAAGAUUAUAAACCAGGGAGAGAAAAUUGUCUCCUCUAGAUAGUACAUUUGUUUGAUCUUUGCGUAAAGAUGAUCUUUUGUUUCAUCGUU